GGGAGACAAGUGUUCUGAAGGCGGGUUCGACGCUACACCCAGAUUUCAGGACGCCCUGCGCGCGCACCGCCCAGGCCCCGGAGAACGACCUGCUGCUUUUCCUUGAGACGAGUCCCGGGCGUGCGGUCCACGGAUCUGAAGCGCCCUGACACUCCUCCUGACGCGGCUCCACCACCUACCGUCGGGUGCCGGGGGACGCCUGAUCCCUUCGGGCCUCCAGCGCGCUCUCCACGGUCUAGACGCGACUGCAGCCGAGCGCUACACGCGGAACUGGGCAGGGAUGGCGACAGUGAUCCUGGAGCCCGCGGGCCGCUGCGCGUGGGACGAGCCCGUGCGCAUCACCGUGCGUGGCCUCUCCCCGGGACAGCCUGUCACGCUGCGCACGUCCCUGCGCGACGAGAAGGGCGCGCUCUUCCGGGCCCGCGCGCUGUACCAAGCGGACGCCGGCGGCCUCCUGGACCUGGCGCGCGCGCCCGCGCUGGGCGGCAGCUUCACGGGGCUCGAGCCCAUGGGGCUGCUCUGGGCCUUAGAGCCCGAGAAGCCUUUUUGGCGGUUUGUGAAGCGGGACGUGCAGACGCCCUUCGCGGUGGAGCUGGAGGUGCUCGAGGGCCACGAGCCCGACGCCGGGCGGCUCCUGGGCCGGGCGGUGCUGGAGCGCGACUUCCUGCGGCCGGGGAUGCUGCGGGCGCCGGUGCGCGCGGGCCGGGUGCGCGGCACGCUCUUCCUGCCGCCUGGACCUGGACCUUUCCCAGGGAUCAUUGACAUCUUUGGAAUUGGAGGGGGCCUGUUGGAAUACAGAGCCAGCCUUCUGGCUGGUCAUGGCUUUGCCACGUUGGCGCUAGCUUAUUAUAAUUUUGAAGAUCUUCCCGAGGAAUUGGAUAGCAUAGACCUGACCUACUUUGAAGAAGCCGUGUGCUACAUGCUUCAACACUCCCAGGUAAAGGGCCCAGGCAUUGGGCUUCUGGGCAUUUCUUUAGGGGCUGAUAUUUGUCUCUCCAUGGCCUCAUUUUUAAAGAACAUCUCAGCCACAGUUUCCAUCAAUGGAUCUGGGUUAAGUGGAAACAAACCUAUAUACUACAAGCAGACUUGCAUGCCUUCAUUGGGCUAUGAUCUGAGGAGAAUCAAGGUCACUUUCUCAGGCCUCCUGGACAUCGUGGAUAUAUGGAAUGAUACUGUAGGAGGCUAUGAGAACCCCAGCAUGAUUCCAAUUGAGAAGGCCCAAGGGCCCAUCCUCUUCAUCGUGGGUCAGGAUGACCAUAACUGGAGGAGUGAGUUAUAUGCCCAAAUAGCCUCUGAACGGUUACAGGCCCAUGGAAAGGAAAAACUUAAGAUCAUCUCUUAUCCUGGGACUGGGCAUUACAUUGAGCCUCCUUACUUCCCCCUGUGCCCAGCUUCUGUGCAUAAAUUACUGAACAAACCUGUGCUCUGGGGUGGGGAGCCCAGGGCUCAUUCUAAGGCCCAGGAAGAUGCUUGGAAACAAAUUCUAACCUUUUUCUGCAAACAUCUUGGAGGUCCCCAGAAUAUAGCUUCUCCCAAAUUGUAAUGUGUUGGGUCUGUUGUCUACACGAGAAAUUCAAGGUCAGAUUCUGGUGUUUAAUAAUCAUAUGUGAAUUGGUUGUCCCCUGGAUAACAUUAAAUUCAUGUCAUGGGUAUUAAUGAUGGGUUUUAGGUAACAAUUUGAAUAAAUUAUUUUUUCAUUAAUUUUACUAAUGUAAUACAUGCAUAUUACAGAAGAUUCAGUUAGAUGUAUACAACACACACACACAAAUAAAAAGCAUUCCCUGUUAAAAUUUA